UUUUGAGAUGCCACGAGCACGCUACACAAUGUCAAAGAAUGAUAAAUGGCAACUGUGUGAAUGGCUAAAUUCGGUUAAGUUUCCAGAUGGCUAUGCAUCAAACAUAAGUCGGUGUGUGAAUGUUAAUAACUGUAAGAUAUCUGGAUUGAAAAGUCAUGAUUCACAUGUUCUCUUACAGUGUCUCCUCCCCAUAGCUAUACGAGGAUUCUUAGAUUCUGAUAUUUGUAACACAGUAGCAGAGCUUGGUUUAUUCUUUAAGGAAUUAUGUUGUCGAACUCUUAAACUGGAUGUCUUAGAGGCAAUGGAAAGGGACAUUGCUAUUGUACUAUGCAAGUUGGAGAUGAUAUUUCCUCCGUCAUUUUUUGACAUUAUGGUCCACUUGGCUUUGCAUUUGCCGCGUGAAGCCAUCAUCGCAGGCCCCACACAAUAUUGGUGGAUGUACCCCAUUGAAAGAUUUUUGCGUACUCUCAAAUUGUGCCUGCGUAACAAAGCACGUCCUGAAGGGUCCAUUGCUGAAGCUUACGUGGACAGUGAAUGCGUCACAUUUUGUUCAAAAUUUCUCGGAGGGAUUGAGACACGAUUCAAUCGAGAAGAAAGAAAUAGUGAGAGGGACUGCAACAAUAAUUGGUCCACUAUUUUAGAUCUAAAGCAAGUGGUUCGACCUCUAGGGGCGCAAAAUUUGGAGAUAUUACCCCGUGAGGAGUUGGAGAUGGCUCGAUUGUACGUGUUACAAAAUUCUGGAAUAGUUGAGUCAUACGAAGAGUAAGUAACUCAUUUCAUGUUAUGCCUUGUUAGAUUAUGUGAAUAUAUGGUGUAUUUGUAAAUACAUGUACACAAUUAUAUCUUAACAUCAUGUAGUUGCUUAGAAAACACAAGGUAGAACUUGAGAGACAAGAUCCGCGCAAUGUUUCUAAAAGACAUGCAAAAGAAUUUUCGAGAUGGUUUGAAAAACAAAUAAGUCCAUCGUGUACAUAUUGGAAUUAAUUAAAUCAUAUUCUUUAAUUAAUUUAAAUGAUGUCAUUCAUUUGCUUAACACUAUAUUUUUUUUCAAUAGAUAAAGGAAAUGCGUCAUCAUCAAAGGAAAACAACUAGUGAUGAUUUAUAUUCUUUAGCAUGUGGACCUCUAAGUCGAGUAAGUCGAGAUUCUGCUUGCAUUGUAAAUGGGAUUAGGUUCCAUACUGAGGAAAGGGAGCAAAAUCGACGAACACAGAAUAGUGGUGCGUUAGUGAAAGGAGAAAGCGAAGAUUACUAUGGUGUUCUAACAGAUAUCAUUGAGUUACGAUAUCUU